UGAGAGGGAGCAGUAGACGCUUUCAGUAUCCAAUCACGAAGAUGAAAACAAACGUGUACACAAUACUCCGAUUCUUGCUCCUUGUGUUGGGCUUCUGUCUUGUCUGCCUUGGAGCUUUUUUUGUAUCCUCUAGCUACUCAUGUAACUGUAGACAUGAAACAGUUGUGGCAUACACGCUCAUGCCAUUGGGCUUUUUGCUUCUUCUGAUUGGGAUUUUUUGGAGCACAUAUCAUGAGGCCAACCACAAGAGUCUCUUCCAAAACAUGAUCAGACGAAUUCAUAGCCAGCAGGAAGUACAUAUUGAAACAGUAGACAGGCCAGAUUUCUACCCACCAUCAUAUGAAACAGCUCUUCAUCAUACUGUCCUGCAUCCCAAUGCAAGUUGUCAUAUCUAUGUGGGUGAGCAAGGAUUCAACAUACCUCCUCCUCUGUACACGGAGACCACCAUGGAUGUUGUAGAUGAAACCUUUCUGUGUGAAGACUCCCCACCCUCAUAUGAGAUGUCAGUGCAGACACGUGCCCCUGAUGCUGAAGUAAACACUGAGCGUGUACCAGAGACUGAAAAUAUCACUAGUUUGGAGACAAAUGACUGAGUCGGAAUAUAUGAAAGAGUGAAAGUGAUUGAUUUUGACUAUGUACAAUGGUACGAGUCAGCAAUUAUAGCAAGGCAUUACAGAAUGCAUGAAUCCAGAAGGUGAAGCUUGUGCUGGCAGUUUUCUAUAGCUGUAGAGUGAGCUGUACUACAAGUUUGCAGAGAGUUCAUUGAGUAACACCAAUGGGAGCUAACACAGUCAUCCACAUACAGUACCAUCCUCUGUAAAGCAGAUUUUUACAUAUGUAUCUGCAUAGUUUAUAGUUGGGUGGAAUAUCCACAUAUAGGCAUAUAUUGUGUGAUAUACUGUAUAUUGCAUGGUCUACUGGUCUGGACUGGAAAUAGUCUGUGCUAAUGUCCAGAGGGAUAGGCAAUGGGUAUUUUGUUUGAAAAAGAUAUAGAAGCAAUUUAAGUGCUGUGGUUUACCUGUAUGUAUUUUGUCAUGGCCGUACAAGCAGGACUGCAAAUGGUGUGCAUUAGAUCAAUGCAAAGAUGUCUACAUUAUAUACAUGUGUUUUUAUGGCAUGGCUGUAACAAUAAUGGAAGCACUAUGCUUUAUCUAAUUCUGACAAACAUUUUAAGACUAUACACAUGAGACAAGGUGUUUUUUGACAGUAUUACAUUUAUUUUUCUUGUAUCCCCAGUGCAACACAAUACUUGGUAUUUAAUACUGUGUACUGUCAUCCAACCAAUGUGAAAUUCUUGUGUGCUGCAUGUUACAUUGUUUACUUGUAUGUUUUGACUGUCUUUUUUGUUGAUAUAUGUAUUAUUUUAUAAGGCAUGUUUGGUAGAAUAAAUAUUAAACUAAAGAUUA